CUAGGUUUUUUUUUCUCAAAUUUUAACAUCACGUAGUAUAUAAUAUAUUUAAAAAAUAAUUUUAAUCUAUCAUAAUAUAUAAUUAUUUAUAAUUUAAAUAAAUUGAAAAAAAUGGCGCUCGUAUUGAGGCAAACAGUGAAACUUUUUUUUUAUCUAAAUGAAGAAAUUACUGAUCCUAGGACUAAAGAUUGGCCUUUAAUAGGCUCUCCUUUUCCCGGUCUAUUACUACUUGCAUUUUACUUAUUGACGGUAUUAAAGUGGCUCCCAAAGUUUAUGGAGAAGAGACCAGCCUAUGAUCUUCGAAAAUUAAUAGCCUUCUACAAUGCAGUUCAAGUGAUUUGUUGUAUGUACGUUGUCUAUCAGAGUCUAAAGUUGGGGUGGCUUAAUCACUAUAAAUUAAUAUGUGAGCGAGUGGAUGACGGUCCGCUAGUUAUGGAAUACGCAUGGAAAGUCUGUUACGCCUACUUUGUUAUUAAACUUGUGGAUCUUUUCGAUACGGUAUUCUUUGUCCUGAGGAAAAAACAAAAUCAAGUGUCCUUUCUGCACGUGUACCAUCAUUUUGGCAUGGUAGCUGUAGCGUGGGGAAUGGUGAAAUGGCUACCAGGUGGCCACUACACACUUCUGUUACCAAUAAAUUCGUUUGUUCACAUAAUUAUGUACAGUUAUUAUUUACUGACGAUAUGGGACGAGUCGUACAAGCAGUCUAUAUGGUGGAAAAAGCAUGUUACGCAAAUUCAAAUCUUGCAGUUCACAAUUAUACUCGUACACUUCGUGUCAAUAGUGUUUGCUACAGAUUGUGAUUUCCCGCGUCAACCGGCAUACAUUCUUAUUCCACAGAACCUAUUUAUGGUGAUUUUGUUCAGUGAUUUCUACUACAGAUCAUAUAUAAAACCCAACAAGUCCAAAAAAGCAUAAAUAAUGUACAUUUUUUUGAAUACUAGUUUUUAAUAAAUUAAAAUAAAACUAAUUUAAAUAUAAUAACUUCUGCUAACUUCUAAUAAGUUAUGAUCA